AUGCCUGUCUUGCUCGAAGGAACCUGCCAUUGCAAGGCUGUAAAGUACACUUUAGAGUCCAACACUCCGGUACCAUUCCAGCUCUGCCAAUGUUCUAUCUGCCGCAAAGUCGGUGGCUACAUGGGUAGCGUCAACAUCAUGGGGAAUACCAACACCCUCAAUAUCAUGCGUGGCAAAGACAAGAUCAAGGUCUACAUUGCGGCUGUCAAGUUUGACGAGAACGACAAGCCAGUCGAGAUAGGCAACUCCAAGAGGAGUUUCUGUACAGAGUGUAGUAGUAUGCUCUGGAACUAUCAUGACGAGUGGCCCGACUGGAUUUACCCCUUUGCAUCUACUAUCGACAAGCCUGACCCUCUUCCAGCUGUUCCCGACACAACUCACCUGAUCGCUAUCAAACGCGAGUGUUGCCCAUCACACGUACCUGCUCCUGAGGGCGCCAAGGUCUACAAAGGUUACGGACCUGGCAAGGGAAUUGAGGAGUGGCACAAGACAUACAAAGCUUGGGUUGAGUGA